GAGGUGACGUCAGUCUGGGACCAAUCCCACACCAGCGUCUGUUGUGGUCCCGUUAUAAGGGGCAUCUGGACAGGCCAAAUGCUGUCAAUACUUCGUUUUCAUACAGUGUGGUCACUCGAUAAUCACAUUUAGCCUUCUAACGGUGGCUAGCUUGCACUACAAGUGAUGCUUUUUCCACAACAAACAACAGCUAACGAAGCUAAAGCUGGAGCUGCUCUCUGAGGCGCCUUCACUCAGCUUCGAAAAUGUCCACAUUGAGAGCGUUUUUAGCAACUUUGAGGCUGAAAGUGGACCUUGUGAGAGAAGUGGGUCGGCAGUAUCCUGUCUUCUGCUUUCUGCUUGUCCUUCUGCUCCUAGCCACUGUCCUGUUGAACAGGUAUCUUCACGUCAUCAUCAUUUUUUGGUCAUUCUUAGCUGGAGUGGUUACUUUCUAUUGCUCAUUAGGGCCAGAGACCCUGCUCCCUAAUAUUCUCAUAACAGUAAAACCAAAGAAAAAGCCAGAACUGCAAGAGUUGUUUCCGUUGGCUCACAGUUGUGCUGUCUGUGGGAAAGUGAAAUGCAAAAGACACAGACCAACACUGCUUCUUGAAAACUAUCAGCCAUGGCUGGAUUUAAAAGUGCACUCCAAAGUGGAUGCAUCUCUUUCAGAGAUUCUUGAGCUGGUCCUUGAAAACUUUGUAUACCCGUGGUAUAGGGACAUUACAGAUGAUGAGGCAUUUGUGGAUGAACUCAGAGUGACUCUGCGGUUUGUAGCUGCAGUGCUGGUCCGCCGAGCUCAGAGAGUAGAUAUUCCAUCUCUAAUAACACUCAAACUGCUAAAGGUUGCCAUGAAACAUAUCGAAAUUAUUGCCAAAGCAAGACAAAAAGUGAAGAACUCUGAGUAUCUGCAGCAGGCUGCAUUAGAGGAAUAUGGUCCCGACCUGCAUGUGGCCUUGCGCAGCAGAAGGGAUGAGCUACUGUACCUACGCAAACUUACAGAGAUGCUCUUCCCAUACAUCUUGCCUCCAAAAGCCACUGACUGCAGAUCUCUUACUCUUCUGAUAAGAGAAGUUCUUGCUGGCUCUGUUUUCCUUCCCUCCAUGGAUUACUUGGCUGAUCCUGACACUGUGAACCACUUACUGCUCAUUUUUAUUGACAACUCUCCACCAGAGGCUGCCACCGAACCUGCUUCUGCACUUGUCCCGUUCCUGCAGAAAUAUGCAGAUGUGCGCAGCAAGAAGUCUUCAGUGUUAAAACUAGAACUUAAAGAGAUUCGGGAACAGCAGGACCUGCUGUUUCGCUUUAUGAACUUCCUCAAGCAAGAGGGAGCUGUUCAUGUGCUCCAGUUCUGCCUCACUGUGGAAGAAUUCAACGAUAAGAUCCUACGUCCAGAACUGUCUGAUUCUGAAAAGCUAAUGCUACACGAGGAGGUGAAAAAGAUAUAUGAAACGUACUGCCUUGAUGAGAGCAUUGACAAAAUUCGCUUUGACCCUUUUAUUGUGGAGGAGAUUAAAAACAUCGCAGAGGGCCCGUAUGUUGGCGUUGUGAAACUGCAGACUAUGCGCUGUCUGUUUGAGGCUUAUGAACAUGUUCUUUCCCUGUUGGAGAAUGUCUUUACUCCCAUGUUCUGCCACAGUGAUGAGUAUUUUAGGCAGCUGUUGAGAGGGGCUGAAUCCCCAACCAGAAACUCCAGACUAAGCAGAAAUAGCGUGAGUUUGGAUGACAUCCGGAAUACAUCCAAGCGAGGAGAAUCUUUUGGUAUUAGCCGCAUUGGCAGUAAAAUUAAAGGGGUUUUCAAGAGCACCACAAUGGAAGGGGCCAUGCUGCCCUCUUAUGGACUUGCAGAGGGAGAGGAUGAUAUGGUAGAGGAGGCCAUCAUGGUCAUGGAGGAUGACUCACCCAUGGAGGCCAUCAGCACCCCAAGCACUCCUCGUAACCUAUCAGCCUGGAGCAUCACCAUCCCCUAUGUGGACUUAUUUGAUGACGAGGUUAAGAAGGAGAGGAUUCCAGUGUAUUGCAUUGAUGUGGAGAGGAAUGACAGGAGAGCAGUGGGUCAUGAAACGGAACAUUGGUCUGUGUACCGGAGAUACCUCGAAUUUUAUGUUCUUGAAUCUAAACUCACAGAGUUUCAUGGAUCAUUCCCAGAUGCACAGCUUCCUUCCAAGCGGAUAAUUGGGCCAAAAAACUAUGAGUUUUUAACAUCCAAGCGUGAGGAAUUUGAAGAAUAUCUACAGAAACUACUGCAGCAUCCUGAACUGAGCAACAGUCAGCUGCUUGCAGACUUCCUCUCCCCUCACAGCAUGGAGUCCCAGUUCCAUGACAAGAUGUUACCUGAUGUCAAUCUUGGAAAAAUAAUCAAAUCUGUGCCUAGCAAACUGAUCAAGGAGAAAGGGCAGCACCUAGAGCCGUUCAUCCAGGCUUUCUUCAACUCUUGUGAAUCUCCAAAGCCCAAGCCUAGCCGGCCAGAGCUCACUAUUCUCAGCCCCACAUCUGAGAACAACAAAAAGCUUUUCAAUGAUCUAUAUAAAAACAAUGCGAACCGUUCUGAGGUCACAGAGAAGAGACACAACCAAAAUUACUUCAUGGAGAUGAUCACUGUGGAAGGAGUAUAUGACUACUUGAUGUUUGUAGGUCGAGUGGUGUUUCAUAUACCUGAUUGGUUGCAUCACUUACUGAUGGGUGGGCGUAUCCUGUUCAAGAACACACUAGAAGCGUAUACAGACUACUACCUGCAGAACAAACUAGACAAGGUUUUUCAGGAGCAUCGUGUGGUUUCACUCAUAACCCUCCUCAGAGAUGCUGUAUUCUGUGAGAACAGUGAGCCACGAUCUUUAGAAGACAAGCAAAAAAGAGCCAAGAAGACAUUUGAGGAAAUGAGGAAUUACAUUCCAGAUUUUCUUGGUAAAUGUAUUGGAGAGGAUGCUAAAUAUGAGGGGAUACGGCUUCUGUUUGAUGGUCUUCAACAGCCAGUUCUCAACAAGCAGUUGACAUAUAUAUUGCUGGAUAUAGCAAUCCAAGAACUUUUUCCUGAACUAAAUAAAGUACAGAGAGAAACUUCUGUCGUGGCUCCAUGGAUGUAGAAGAGCCAAAAAGGAUGGUGAAACACUCUUAUAUCACUUGCUUGUACAGCAUCCUGUAUAAAUAUCAGAAGGACUAGAAAUACACACAUACAGUGUAUUUCAGAGAGUAUUUAUGUGUAAUCUUCUCUUAUGGCUCAAAGCAUGAAAUGUCUGAGAGAUGUGCUUGAUAUGCAUUUCACUACAGAGAAUGAACAUACUGAACAGGCCUGAAAUGUCCAUGUGUAGAUCAUGUUUUUGAGUUUUAAAUAACUGUUGAUCAUGAAUCAUGAACAGCAAAAACAGACUCAAACAUUGAAGGAAAGGAUUGUAAAAACCAACCAAUAUGAAAGAUGUGUGAAAGCUUCAAAUUAUUGGUUUAUGUUUGCUAUUUUGGUUGAAUAGAGUGUAAGAUAUUUGUGUCUGUAAAUUUUUGAUGUAUCCCUAUUUAUGAACGUGGCUUAAAUGAUCAAUUGUAUUUUGCCUAAUCAAACUAACACUAAACAGCUGUAAGUGACUGAGCAAGUGAGCCACUGACCUGAAUGUGAGCAGAUGAGCAUCACUGGACCCUCAGAGAUUGCUCUCAACAGUUCAGGUGUUGAUGUAUAUAUCUAAUAAAACCUUUUUAUAUUACUGUCUUUCAAAGCCAAAAAAAAUUUCUGCAAGAUUAUUUAUUUUGAUAUUCAAUUAAAGCCACAUUGUGUUCCCUGGAAAAGGGGGUACUAGCUACAUGUGGGAUUGGUAAUUUAAAGAGGAACUCCACAUAAUUAAAUAUUUAAGAUGUUAACA